AUGCAUGAAGUAGUAUUCCUCAACGAAGAGAGAGUGUUUCCUAAGAGGUUUGAUGAAUGCGAUGGAAAUACGAGUAUAUGGUACCUUGACAAUGGUGCAAGUAACCAUAUGACAGGCAAGAGAGAGUCCUUCUCAAACCUAGAAGAGAGCAUCCAAGGUAAAGUCAAAUUCGAUGAUGGAUCAAACGUCGAGAUUGUUGGGAAAGGUUCGAUCACGUUCAUCGGAAAAACAGGGGAGAGAAGAGCACUCAGAGAUAUCUACUACAUCUCGAGUCUUAAACACAAUAUCAUAAGUCUUGGACAAGCAACCGAGAUGGGUUGUGAGGUUAAUAUGAAAGAAGACUUACUGAUGCUGAAAGAUCCCCGUGGAAGGCUAUUAGUACAAGUCACAAGGCAAUCAAACCGAUUGUACAAGACGCCAAUGGAGGUUGAAUAUCCGAAGUGUCUUCAAAUACAAGAAACUGAUGUUACAUGGACGUGGCAUGCACGGCUAGGACAUGUGAACUUUGGAGUCAUGAAGAAUAUGGUAGACAAGGAGAUGGUAGUAGGGAUGCCUCAGGUGAAACACGAGAAAGAUGAGUGCAGCACCUGCUUAGUUGGGAAGCAAACUCGAAAGUAUUUCCCGCCUAAAUCAAAGUAUCGAGCAUCACACACAUUGGAGUUAGUACAUGGUGACUUGUGCGGUCUGAUAUCACCAUCAACACCUGCAAACAAUAGAUAUACAUCUCACCGCACCGUAUACACCGUUUUGUUGAAAGCUAUGAAGAUACCUAAUCAGCUAUGGGUAGAAGCAGUACGUCAUUCAACGCAUCUCAUAAACCGCAUUGCUACAAAGGCUUUGGAAAACAAGACUCCAUACGAAGGCUUGUAUGUUAAGAAACCAAACAUUGAGCAUCUAAGGAUCUUUGGAUGUGUAGCUUUCGUAAAAAUCAACGGUCCUCAUCUUAAGAAGAUGGAUGAUCGAUCAAGGAUGGUGAUCAACCUAGGCACAGAGCCCGGCUCAAAAGCUUACAAGCACUAUGAUCCGGUCGCGAAGAAGAUAGUUGUUAGUAGAGAUGUAAUCUUUGACGAGAAGAAAAGUUGGGAUUGGUCUACACUAUCAGCAACCGUGGACGAAGAACCAGGAUCAUUCAAGCUUCCUCAUAUCGAUGUUACAGAAGAAGGAGAUGGUGAUGAGCAUCAAGAUCCCCAACACCAUGAAGAGCAAAACAAUAAUAAAGAAGAAGAAGUUGUAGACGCUGGUGAACAAGAGCAAGUAGCAGAGAACAACGAUGCAAUAAUGAAGAAGAAGAAGUUGUAG